UCGCUCCCUGAUUUGGUGGACUGCUCUGAAAGCGGUCUUCCCUGCGGCCGACAUGCCGACCCAGCUGGAGGUGGCUAUGGACACCAUGAUUCGAAUCUUCCACCGCUACUCUUGUAAGGAGGGGGACAGGUUCAAGCUCAACAAGGGCGAGCUGAAGCUGCUCCUCCAGCGAGAGCUCACGGAAUUCCUCUCGUGCCAAAAGGACCCCCAGUUGGUUGAUAAGAUAAUGCAGGACCUGGAUGCCAAUAAGGACAACGAAGUGGAUUUUAAUGAAUUUGUGGUCAUGGUGGCAGCUCUGACAGUCGCUUGUAAUGAUUACUUUGUAGAGCAAUUGAAGAAGAAAGGCAAAUGAAGAGAAGU